AUGGUGUCGUUACGAAAGAUAUCAAUAUUAAUCUUCCUUGCCACCUCCUCACAAACGUCUCAAACACUUGUGCUUGAAAGUAACAACUACCACACAUCAUGUCGCUGUCGUCCCCACGAAAAGUGCUGGCCUUCAAAACAUCAAUGGAGCACCCUGAAUUCCACCAUCCAAGGUAACUUGCAAGCUGUUCGCCCCGUCGCAGCGCCCUGCUUCAACCCAUCAUCUCCCCUCGCUACGUCGUGUGCCGUGGCGAAACAAAACGCCAACAACUCUGUCUGGCGGUCGGCUCAACCUGGUGCUGUCCAAUGGGAAAAUUGGGAAGCAUGGCCGGAAAAAGACCAAUCCUGCUAUUUUGAUCAGCCCAAAAAUAUCCCCUGUGGGCAAGGCCGCAUAUCGUUGUACUCGGCCGUCGUGGAGAGGGCAGAACAUAUACAGGCCGCUGUUCGCUUUGCAGCCAAGUAUAACCUUCGGUUGGCCAUCAAGAACUCUGGCCACUGCUUCCUGGGCCGCUCUACUGCGCCGGAGUCGCUCCAGAUAUCGACCAAUAAGAUAAAGAGCAUGGCCUUUACAGACAGGUUUGUUCCAGAGGGCGCGGCUGGUAGUACUUCCGAGUCGUUUGGUUCUGCCGUGACGAUUGGCGCCGGAGUCCAACUAAAGGAACUGUACGUGGCAGCUACGAAGCAUAAUGUCACCGUGGUUGCUGGGCUAGCACGUACUAUUGGUGCUGCUGGUGGUUAUAUCCAGGGCGGAGGCCAUUCGCCAUUGGGCAACUGGAAGGGUAUGGCGUCUGAUAAUGCGUUGGAGUUCAAGGUUGUCAAUGCCAAGGGCGAACUAGUCACGGCCAACAGCUACAAGAACCAAGACCUCUUCUGGGCUCUGCGCGGCGGCGGCGGCGGCACAUUCGGCGUCGUCAUCAGCGUCACCAUCCGCACAUUCCCAGAUGUGCCCUCUGGUUUUGUGAGCUUCGGCUUCGGUACGCUGGCAGCCAACUCAUCCGCAUAUUGGGACAUGGUGAGAGCCUUCCACGCCCAUCUCCCAUCUGUAUCGGGGGCCGGAGGGGCAGGAUACUACGCAAUCAGCUUCGUACCAAGCGACAUCAACGGAACCAAGGUGCUCGAAUUGACAGGAGGCUUCGGGUUUCUCAACGUGACAAGCGAAGAAGCCAUUCGAAAGGCCGUAGCCCCAAUGAUGGCAGAGGUGAAUAGGUACGCCGGCCGUGUAUCCGGGUACAACAUCUCCAUCAACCCCCGAGUAUCAGAUUACAUCCUUGGCCUACUCCGCGGCGAGGCUGACGACACCGGCGGCAUUGCGGUAUACGGUUCACGUAUGAUCUCGCGAGAUUUUCUCCUCUCCCGAGACGGUGCUGCUCGUCUCACGGAUGCCCUUCGGGAUAUCGCAGAGAUAUCACCCACAGGAUUUAUAGGGAUUGUCGUUGCCGGCGGAGCGGCUGCCGAUCCUACCAUUGACUCGGCUCUCAAUCCCGCCUGGCGGAAGACACUGACUCAUAUAGCCUUUGGAGCAGGCUGGAACAGCACCACUCCUGUGAAGGAAAUAAGGGCUAUUCAGGAGGAGCUGACCAAUAUCAAGAUGGAAAAGCUGCGGGUUUUGGAGCCGCAUAUGGGCGCGUACCUCAACGAGGCGGAUCCGAAUGAAAAGGACUUUCAGAAGUCCUUCUGGGGGGCGAAUUAUGCCAGGCUGUACAAGGUGAAGCAGGCCGUGGACCCGGAUAAUCUAUUCAUUGCGCGCAAGGGAGUAGGCAGCGAGAAUUGGGACGAUGCCGGUCUGUGUAGGAGGGCGAGCAAGAUGGGCGUUGACAUGCCAAUUGAGAGCUUGUUGACAAAACGGGCUUGGAUGCCGAAAGACUCACCCUCGGCAGAUGACUGA